GACUUGGAAAUUUUAAAACCACGCACACACCCAUCCAUCCAUCGUGCAAUUCACUCACUCCCCCACAAAUCUCGAUCGCUCUCGGACCUCGCGCGUCGACGCCCGGUCGACAGGCCAAACCACAGCGCGCCACUUGCGUGGAAGUUUCCUCGCUUGCUCGAUCGAUCGCUACUACGAUCGCCUCCACCACAAGCCGCGAGCCCGGCAUGGCCGGCCAGUCGUCUUCCAUGCGCUGCCUUUGACUAGCACGCACGCACGCACGUACAUCCACAGAGACACAUGGCCUGGCGUGGCUUCUGAGCCUGGGCUAGCUUAGCUUAGCUUGCUGGUCGACCUCCUGCACGAGCUUUCAACGACCCUCGCGUGCUGUGUGGAAGAAGAUUAGGAGAAGAAAUGGCGGCGCAGGAGGGCGCGGCGGGGAGCCCGGGGAUGAGGGUGCGGUACGGCGCCGACAUGGACGACAGCAACUUCGCGCUGCACGGCCGCGCCGUCCCGCUGCUGGUGGGGCUGCUCUGCCUCGUCGUCGUCUCCGUCGCCGUCAGCCUCUACCUCCGCUGGGCCUGCCGCCGCCGCCAACGCCAACGUCGCUCCAACGACCCGGAGGCCACGUCGUCGUCCUCCGCUCCGGCGCCCACGAUGCCCGGCCUCGACGCGGACUCCAUCAACCGGCUGCCCGUCACGCUCUACAGCCCGCCGCCUUCCGCCUUGAAGAAGAAGGGCGGCGGUGGCGACACUGGCGAGGAGGAGCAGGCAGCGGCGGAGUGCUCCAUCUGCAUCGUGGAGCUGGUGGCCGGGGACAAGGUGAAGGCGCUGCCCCCCUGCGGCCACUGCUUCCACCCGGACUGUGUCGACGCCUGGCUCCGGUCUCAGCCCAGCUGCCCGCUCUGCCGCACGCUCCUCGUUGCCGCCAAGCCGCUCGCCGUCGAUGGCUCCGGCGACUCCCCCGUGUGAUCGAUCGAACCGCAAAGAUCUGACGACGUCCUCUCCUCUCACGACGACUCGAUGUUCGAAGCGAUGACAAGCAGGCCCCACCUGUAAGCCAUCGGAUCCAGGCCGCCAUUAAACUAUCCGGAUCGCGCCACUUACGGCUGCCUUGACCGCUUCGGGUCUAGCGAUCUGGCCCGUUUAACAGUGCCUAAUCGAUCACCAAUGUGGCUUGGCUCCGGCCUCCGGCGAGGGGCGUCGUCCUCGAGCUAGCUUGCCUCUCCGGAGUUUGGAGGCCGGCCCGGAUGUGGGGCCACCUCGCCGACUCACUUUUCUAGCUUCUUUCUGUUCAAGUUAGGCUCCUAGCAGGGAAAGGUGGCCUGUUCUGUUUGUAAAUAUGUUUUGAGACUUUUUAGCAUAGUAUUUUUCGUCAGUGGAGGAACAAUAUUGCAGUGUACGUGCUGCGUGCGUAUGCGGUGGAGGUUCAGGUGGAGCUAAUGGAAUCUUUCUAGUUUAACUUCGCUGA